AUUUUGUCAACGAGUAGUGGAGGUACCGUCUCUCUGUCUUUUCCGUAGAAAGUUGUAUAGGGAGAAGUUGCAUUUGCUCUUCUCUCAAUUACUAAAAUGGGUUUCGUAAAAGUUGUUAAGAACAAGCAAUAUUUUAAACGAUUCCAAGUUAAAUUCAAGAGGCGUCGUGAGGGAAAAACUGAUUACUAUGCCCGAAAACGUUUGACGAUUCAAGACAAGAAUAAAUACAAUACUCCUAAGUAUCGAUUGAUCGUCCGUCUCUCCAAUAAGAACAUCACUUGCCAGGUUGCUUACUCUAGAAUUGAAGGAGAUAAAAUUUUGUGUGCUGCUUACAGUCAUGAACUUCCUAAAUAUGGUAUCAAAGUAGGACUUACAAAUUAUGCUUCUGCAUAUUGCACUGGACUUCUACUGGCUAGAAGACUUUUGAAGAAAUUGGGAUUGGACCAAUUGUACCAAGGAACAACUGAAGUAACUGGUGACGAAUAUAAUGUUGAAGAGUUAGAUGAUGGCCCAGGAGCUUUUAGAUGUUACUUAGAUACUGGAUUAAUGCGUACUACCACUGGUGCUCGUGUCUUUGGAGCAAUGAAAGGUGCAGUCGAUGGUGGUCUUAACAUUCCCCACAGCACUAAGAGAUUCCCUGGAUAUGACAGUGAAUCCAAAUCCUUCAAUGCUGAUGUUCAUCGUCAACAUAUUUUUGCUCAGCAUAUUGCUAAAUACAUGACGCAAUUGGAGGAUGAAGAUCCUGAAGCAUACAAACGUCAAUUCUCUCAGUAUAUCAAGCAUGGAAUCAAUGCAGAUGAUAUUGAAGGAAUCUACAAGAAAGCACAUGAAGCGAUUCGUGCUAAUCCAGAAUACACACCUAAAGAGCGAACAAAGGAGCCUACCAAGAAACGAUGGAAUAGAGCCAAGCUUUCUCUUUCUGAGAGGAAGAAUCGUAUUGCUCAGAAAAAAGCAUCUUUCCUCAAAAAACUUGAACAAGCCGAAGCUUAAAAAGCCGGCUGAAAAUAAUAAUUUUUGUACCUCAUUCGAGGAUCUGAAACGUUCACAAUGUCUUAAGUAUAUUAUUUCUUUCGAUAUUACAAUAUAUUUGUACGUAACAUGUGAACGAUGGUACGAAAAUUUGGAUAAUAAAAAGAUGUUUAUCAACAAUUACAAUAAA